UGGAGGAAACGAACAGGGGAAGUGAAGAAGUUAAACUGACUCUGCUCACACAUUGUUGGUGUAAACGGGAAGUUUGCGUUGAGGGUUUUAUUUUGACAGCUGGGACCGGAAGUGCAGUGGGUGUACUCCCCUGGAUUUGACAGGUGCUAAAAGGAGCAGGAUGUAACGGUGCAGGAAUCGGACUCGCUUCGAACCAUACAGCCGUCAGGAGUCCGUCACUGGGUUCAUGUCGACGCGGAGGGUCGGCCUCGGGUGAUGGCUAAUGUAUGCACCGUCGGCAGGGUCCACUAACGGUUAAACAACAUGUCCAACUUCCUCGAUGCGGCGGCCAGAGUCAGAUGGGACCGCACGGCUGCGGCCAAGCGAGCCGUGUUUCUCGCUGCAGCUGCUUACGGUAUCAAAACACUGUACCCCAUCAUCUGCAGGCAGCUGAGCAAAGGGACCGAUCCCGGGAGGAGCCGGCUCUCCAAGGCGGAGAAUGGAUCGACGUGUUCGGGCAAAGAGAAGCCGGAUACAGUGGCUGUCAGGAAGACGUCGCCGGGGGUGAACGCGGCGUUUUUUAAGCAGAUCCUCGAACUUGGUAAAAUACUCUUCCCUAAGCUCGUCUCGAAAGAGCUGGCGCUUCUUUCUCUUCACUCGCUGGCGCUGGUGUCCAGGACGUUUCUGUCCAUAUACGUGGCGAGCCUGGACGGUAAGAUUGUGAAAACCAUCGUGGAGAAGGAGCCCCGGAGAUUCAUUCUGCAGCUGAUCAAAUGGCUCCUCAUCGCCAUCCCGGCCACGUUCGUCAACAGCGCCAUCCGGUUCCUUGAGUGCAAGCUGGCUCUGGCCUUCCGCACCCGGCUGGUGAACCAUGCGUAUCAGACCUACUUCACCGACCAGACCUACUACAGAGUCAGCAACAUGGACGGGAGGCUGGCCAAUCCGGACCAGUCCCUAACCGAGGACGUGAUGAUGUUCUCCCAGUCGGUGGCUCACCUCUACUCCAACCUCACCAAGCCCAUCUUGGAUGUGGUGCUCACCUCCUACACGCUGAUCCAGACCGCCAGGUCCCGGGGGGCCAACGCCACCGGGCCGACCCUGCUGGCCGGGCUGGUGGUGUUCGCUACAGCGAAGGUGCUGCGCGCCUGCUCGCCCAAGUUCGGUAAACUGGUGGCUGAGGAGGCUCACAGGAAGGGUUACCUGCGCUACGUGCACUCCAGGAUCAUCGCGAAUGCUGAGGAGAUCGCUUUCUACAGGGGUCACAAGGUGGAGAUGCGUCAGCUGCAGAAGUGCUACCAGGCUCUGGCCGACCAGAUGAACCUGAUCCUCUCCAAGCGUCUCUGGUAUAUCAUGAUCGAGCAGUUCCUCAUGAAGUAUGUGUGGAGCAGCAGUGGCCUCGUCAUGGUCGCCGUGCCCAUCAUCACAGCCACCGGCUUCGCUGACAAUGAAACAGCCGAUGGUCAAAGGCAUGUAAGAGUGAGUGAGAGGACGGAGGCUUUCACCACGGCGCGUAACCUCUUGGCCUCAGGGGCCGAUGCCAUCGAGAGGAUCAUGUCCUCCUACAAAGAGAUCACAGAGUUGGCAGGCUACACCGCACGGGUCCACAACAUGUUCGAGGUGUUUGAGGACGUCCAGAGGGGGGUUUACAAGCGCUCCACGCUAUCGCUCACAACUGGAGCAGAGAAAAAGAGUAAACCUGAGAUGCACAUAGAUGGACCGCUGGAGAUAAAGGGUGAAGUGAUAGAUGUGGACCAAGGCAUUGUGUGUGAAAAUGUACCAAUCAUCACACCCAACGGGGAUGUAGUGGUGUCUUGUUUGAAUUUUAAGGUGGAGGAGGCCAUGCACCUAUUGAUCACUGGGCCUAACGGCUGUGGGAAGAGUUCUCUGUUCAGGAUCCUCAGUGGCCUGUGGCCUGUUUACGGCGGCCGACUUUACAAACCAUCUCCUCAGCAUAUGUUCUACAUACCUCAGAGGCCCUACAUGUCCAUGGGUUCACUGCGGGACCAGGUGAUCUACCCAGACUCCGUGGAGGACAUGGCUGCCAAGGGCAUGAGUGACAAAGACAUUGAGGCCAUCUUGGACAUUGUCAACCUCAACCAGAUUGUCACCAGAGAGGGAGGUUGGGAUGCUGAGCUGGACUGGAAAGAUGUACUGUCGGGGGGCGAGAAGCAGAGGAUGGGCAUGGCUCGCAUGUUUUACCACAGGCCUAAAUAUGCCCUUCUGGAUGAGUGCACCAGCGCUGUGAGCAUUGAUGUGGAGGGAAAGAUUUUCCAGGCUGCCAAGGACGCCGGCAUCUCCCUGCUCUCCAUCACCCACAGACCCUCCCUGUGGAAGUACCACACCCACCUGCUGCAGUUUGACGGCGAGGGAGGCUGGCGCUUCGAGCAGCUUGACACGGCGACGCGCCUGACCCUCACCGAGGAGAAGCAGCGGCUGGAGUCCCAGCUGGCCGGCAUUCCCAAGAUGCAGCACCGGCUCAACGAGCUCUGCAAGAUCCUGGGAGACGACUCUGUCCUUAAAACAGCCGAGGAGUGAGAGAGUGAGAGAAAUGAGAGGGGGGAGGCAGGGGCCCAGAGGGGACAAAGACACUAGGCCGGGAGCAGAAGAAGAAGUGGAGGGAGAGGGGGAGAGGAGAGUGUGUGAGAUGGAGAGGCAAUGAAUGAAAAAAUAAAUCUGGAGGGGGCUGGUUUUUUUCUUUAGCUCCGAGCCCCUUCUGACAAAGCAGGGGAGCUUUUAAUGCCAACUCCUCUUUCGGCUCUCAGCUCUCCCUCUUCUUCUUUUUCAUCUUUCCACUCAGAGAAAUGGAAGAAGGGGUGUGUUGAAGCAGAUUCAUGAUGGUUUUAGCCUACAUAUAUAUAUAUAAUAUAUAUAUAUAUAUAUAUCAACUGCAAGAUGAUUUAGCAGAACGGCCACAUCUAAGUUUGUUUUACAGCACUUUACUCUGCUUCUAGAGAGCUUUUGUGUUUGUUGUGGUCGCUCGCUGUGAAAUAAGUUUUCUUUAGCAGGAAAACGUUUUCACAUAGAGCCACUAAAUGUUGUCCAAAGCAGUAUUCCAAUCCACGGCCAGUGCGCCGGGCUCUGUAGGAUCCACAUUUGUUUUGACUUCUGGUCGAUUUUUAAUGUGACCUCUUUUUCGAGGGGUUCACAAGAGACUGUCCUUAGAAAGGAAACAAUAUGACUUUGCUUGGUUUGUGUACAAUCCUACUCCACACAUCGUUGUAGCCCCUGGUAACUUAACAUACGAGACCCCCUCAACUUCUCGUAUAGGCUCAGUUGCAGACUUACACAAGGCAAGCAAAGAAUAAGAGCAGAGGUCUGUUGAAAGAGCUCCAAAACUAUAGCUCUGUGGUUUAUCGAACAAUGAGCAGAAGAGGUCCCUCUACGAAUGAGGAGGAGCAGGUAUUCUGCUGUGAACAGUCACACAAAACACAGCACGCGAGCAGGUAGCCUUUCAGACAGUGUAAGUGUCAGAUGCACAUACAAGCAAUGGCCACCUGCUGAAGUUCCUCCUCCUCCUCCUCCUCCUCCUCCUCCCCCUCGUUGUGUUGACACAUAACACGCUCACGUGUCUGCUGCGUGUCAGAUGCUUGCUGGGACUCCGCCUCAUGCUCUGCGAGUUCUCCUGAGUCCAGGCGCACAUGAACACACAGUGAUACUGGAUCCUGAACUGAUAACUAAUCAGCAGCUUCUGCAGUGAACAGAGCCCUCGUAUACAUUUGGAUAUAAUGUAAAAAAAAUGACUUUAUUUCUCAGCUCCCUGCAAUGUAAGCAGAUGAAUCCGUUAAUAUCAAGAAGUGUAUGAUUACAUGCACAUAAAUAUUCCAGUUUAUAUUCCACAUGUUAUUAUCUUAUACAAUAUGAGGCCUAGAUUUGCAUAUUUCCUUAUUUGGCUGAUAUACAGUGAGGAAGAGCAAGGAUCAGGCUGAUCUAGACUGAAGCGUUGUAAUGGCUUACGUGAGGUACUGUUGGUUUUCCUGCUGCUGUCCUCUGACAGCAGCAUUGUCCAUUGUUUUUCCUCCGUCUUUGUUGCCAGCAACUUACCUGAAGUUGUGAUACUGUGAAAGUAGUGAUUUAUUACAUUAACAUUAUUUGUGUUUUCUUAAUGAGAAAACCCUGUGUUCUUUCUUAUAGUGGUUCUAAGCUGUGUCUGCUCAUGUUACGUACAUUUUUUUUUUUUUUUUUUAUCGUGGUUCCGACCCGUGCACCUGCUUCCUAAGUUCGUAAAUCAGGACCCUCGGGCUACAGCCACACUGCUACGUUUUAGUUUGAAAACCCAACAUUUUUUUCUCCCUCAUUCAUUCAGCUGCACAGUAAACAAUCUGCUUUUUGUUCACACUUUUAGUUAAAAAAAAACAACAUAUUGGCAAGGUAGUAGCCUAAGAUUGUUCUGGGUUCAGUGGGACAGGGGAUCAUGUGCUCCAUUGUCCCAUUCCUUCAUCGUCCUCAGAUUUCACUAUAGACACAUGGAUCCAAUGUGUGCAGUCGUUCCUCCUGGUUCCAAAACACACGCACGUACAUUUCGUGUUUUUGUUCUGAGUGUGUUUUGUUCACUUUUAAUGUUACGUUUAUUCCGUAGAAUAAAAUAAACAUGUGAUUUGGCACAUUAGAAACAUGUAGUUGUAGUGAAAUUUGUAUGUUGCAGGGGACACACAGGAUUUAUUUUAGAGAUUUUCCUAUUUCCUUCUUCUUGAUGCAGAUUCCGAUAUCUGGACUUUGUGUAUUGGUCGAUACUAACACGAUUCAUAUUUAUAGCGUGAAAAAUGUCCAGAUUGCUGAUAUUUAUGUGAGUUCUGGCAAACGCUACACUACUGGAAAUCAAACCGAUUCUUGUCUAUAGCACAACUUCUGUUUUGGAGCAGCAGAGGAGAAGUGAUCUUGGGACAUAGACACCUGCAGGUUUAUCUGUGUGAGAUAAUAUUGUUGGAAUGGUUGGUAUCAGUGACCCGGCCGUAUGGGUAGUAUGAGUCUUUUCCUGGAAUGUUUAUAACAUCUUUAUCUCAAUGUCACACUGAACUCCCAUGUCAUUGGCAAGGCGCAGGGCUGCGCACGGUGUAAUAAUAUGAAGUCAUGUCACUGGUUAGACUGCCUCUUUUUAUUUAACGUGCACGCCGCUGCCACCAUGUGUUGGUGUCUGUUCAAAGAGAAUGGACAAUCAGUUACAUCACCAGUGGACUCCUGUUUCCAACACUACGGCUUAUUAUUGUAAUUCAGAGAAACUCCCCCUCCAUCAUCUGGUUUGCUGGAACCUGUAAUGUACGCUGUUUGGUAUGCACGUCAAAGUUUAAGGACUUCCUCUGGGCUUCUUCUCCAGCCUGAGCUCGGACUGCAUCCAAGACUCCAGAAGUGCCACAUCCCUCCUCCAUUGAGAUUCCUUUUUUUAAAGCUUUGAAACCUCCUCUUUUGGCUUUUAGUUCAGGAGGAAAGAAUUUCAGAGCAUUUGAAUGCAGCUCUGGUACGAUCGGGACGACGGCUGCGAGGUUACUGAAGGACAAACUGAGACACUGGUCCCCUGAAAUGUGACUGAAGACAAAAGUGUCAAAUGAAUUCCUUUAACAUCUCAAAGGAACAGUUGCUGGAAUGCUUUUAAAGAUAAUAAUUACUUUUAUUUUAUUUGGUAUUGAAAAGAGCGUCUUGGGCAUUACGUACAGAAUCAGUCAGUCAGACUCUGUUGACAGGAGGGCAGACGAGCCGCUGAAUGACGCAGAGUCUGCAAAGAGACACUGGAAGACAAGGUCAGCUCCAGAGCAGAUAGUGCCUGAAACACAACAGCAAUGAAUAAUAGGCAGUAAAUGGGCUUGAAUCACUUUGAAAGGAUGGGAUAAGAAAAGAUGAGGUGCCUUCUUAUUGCAGUCGUCUUCUUUCGGGUUCUGAAAUCAUGUGUUUAAGUAAUUUUUCACAAAAACUUUUCACACUACAUAUUUUGUCACUAUCAGACAAAGAGGGGACUCUGGGUUUAGAGUAGUGAACCCUACGCGUGCAUUGGUAAUGAUAGAAUCAGUGCUUAACCGUUAUCCAAAUGAUCGCAGUGGAUAAACUUGCAAUAGAGCAAGGCCCAAAAUUCCUGCAAUAAGAUUCACAUGCUAUUAAUCCUGACUGAUAAAGUAAAUAAUACAUUUAUGCAUGUUGGAAAAUGUUAAAAGUUAAAAGACAAUUUUUCCGGGUCAGAACCGAAAGUGGAUGCUGCAGAAGACUCCAGCCUCCACAUGUUCAAAACCCCACUGCUAAGGAAAGUGAUGAGAAGGAUACGAUACUCUUUGUGUAAUCCUGCUAAACAAACAGGGUGAAAAGUGGUGAUAAUUGUCCAUGGGUGAGGUUGUCAGGGAUUAAAACAUCUAUAUCACUUAACAUGGCACCUCAUCAGUUAUUGUCCCCCCAGGUCACAAGUACUGAAAGCUCACUACUCAGCGUGACCCUGCUGUGUACAUUAAUGACAUCCUUACUAACAACACUUUGACACUGAAACCCUGAUUCUAUGUUUGUAAGUAAGAGAUUGAAUGUGUCCAUUAUGUAUGAGAAGACAAUGAAUACAUGUGGUCUACAUACAGGUUUUAUUAUUGUUGUUUGAUAAUGAAGAGUUUUAUAAUUGUGUUCAUAGUGCGUGUAGAGCUUUCAGAGCGUUGGAUUGACUGGACAUGUGAUGUGUGAACUGGGAUCACGAGACGGGAAAAUGCUUCUCAAACAGAACUGUCAUUCCAGUGGAGCAGGAAAGUCCGAUCAAUACUUAUGAAAGGUUCAUAGUUUCUGAGGUAUUGAUGCGAGUGCCUGGAACACAGAGCGUGGAGCGAUUCUCCCUCAAAGCCAGGGAUUACUACAGUUUAUAUCUUAAACAUAGUUACUUUCAGAAGAGCUCUGUUUGCAAUCCAACUCCAAUAUGUAGAAAUAUUUUAUAUUUUGAAUUGCUGUAAUAUUAGCGCAGACCUCUACUGAUAUCUCGUUUUGCAUGUGUAGUGAUCUGUCUUCUUUAAUCUUAGACUCGGGAGGUACAUUGACAUAUGGGGCAUCGGUUCAAUAAAUCAUGUGCUGACGCCACUUUACGUUGAAAAAUGAAGAUGUUUUUUCAUGUAAAUAAAAUGAUACGAUGCAGCUUUGAAAAA